GGAUUGAUUUGACGAUGGAAAGGAACAGACUGCAAAAGUAUUUGUAUACACCUUAAUUUAACCCAAAAGACAAAUUUCUCUUAAUACUCUUUCCCUCCACUCUGCCCCGCCAAGCAGACUAAGGAAACGAGUGAGCGACUGGGCGACUCUUUGCUUUCUCCGCUUCGAUAGGUUCUUGGUGGAUUCUGGGUUUUCAAGAGCUAACAUAGUUUAGUUCUAGUUCUUCACACUUCUGUCCCGCAACACAAACAGUCCCACAUUGCAAACAAUGGAACAAGCAGCUGGGUCCUCACCUUUGCCUCUACCACCUCCAAAGGUACAGCCUAAUAUGAAGCCAGAACAGGCAGAGUCUCCUAAGCAUUCGAUCAUUAGCAGACGUGGAUUUGGGACUAGUGGGCAUAGCGUACCUUUGCUUGUCAAUCACUUCAAAGUUUCUGUGAAUCUCCCCGAUGCAGUGUUUUACCAGUACAGUGUUUCUAUUUCUACAGAAGACAAUAAACCUGUAGAAGGCAAAGGAAUUGGGAGAAAACUAAUUGAUAGGCUUUACCAAACAUAUUCUUCUGAACUUUCCGGAAAAAGGUUUGCAUAUGAUGGAGAAAAGACUUUGUACACAGUUGGUCCACUACCUCAGAACAAGUCAGAGUUUACAGUGGUUCUUGAGGAGUCAUUUGCCAAACAUGAAACUGGGAGUAUCGGAGGUGGUGGGAGCCCAAAUGUGUCUGACAAGCGGUCAAAGCGUCAUUUUCGUUCUAAGACUUUUAAGAUUGAUAUAAGCUAUGCUGCUAAGAUACCUAUGAAAAGUAUAGCUCUUGCUCUUGAAGGAGUUGAGGCAGAAAAUCUCACUCUGGAUGCAUUGAGAGUGCUUGACAUUGCUCUAAGGCAGCAAGCAGCUGACAGGGGGUGUCUUUUGGUAAGGCAGUCAUUUUUUCAUGAUGAUUCAAGAAACUUGACUGACAUUGGUGGAGGCGUUUCUGGUCUACGAGGUUUCCAUUCAAGCUUCCGUACCACACUGGGUGGCUUGUCGCUUAAUAUGGAUGUAUCUACGACAAUGAUCCUGAAACCUGGAAAAGUGAUUGAUUUUCUAAUGGCUAACCAGAAUGUACGGGAAGCCCGUUAUAUUGAUUGGGUUAAGGCAAAACGAAUGUUGAAAAAUUUAAGGAUCAAAACAACGCACAGGAACAUGGAAUUCAAGAUCUUAGGUUUGAGUGAGAAGCCCUGUAAUCAGCAAUACUUUCCUAUGAAGGUGAAAAACAGUGAAACUGCUGGUGGUGAAGGGCAUACUGUGGAGAUUACUGUUUAUGAGUAUUUUGCCAAACACUGUGGCAUAGAACUCACCUAUUCCACAUACCUGCCAUGCCUUGAUGUUGGGAAACCAAAACGGCCAAACUAUGUGCCAUUAGAGCUUUGUUCACUUGUUUCACUUCAACGUUACACAAAAGCAUUAUCCACCACUCAAAGAGCAUCAUUGGUUGAAAAGUCAAGACAAAAGCCUCAAGAGAGAAUACGUACUUUGACUGAUGCUGUAAGAAAGUAUCGCUACGAUGAAGACCCUGUGCUUGCUGCUUGCGGAAUUUCCACAGACAAGCAAUUGACACAAGUUGAUGGUCGUGUCCUUGAGACUCCCAAGUUAAAGGUUGGAAAUAAUGAGGAUUGUAUCCCCCGCAACGGGCGAUGGAACUUCAACAACAAGACACUUUUGGAACCAACUCGCAUCAAUCAGUGGGCUGUUGUAAACUUUUCUGCACGUUGUGAUACUAGCCAUAUUUCCCGCGAGCUGAUCAAUUGUGGAAGGAAAAAGGGCAUUAUCAUCGAACGCCCACAAACACUGAUUGAGGAAGAUCCGCAGUCUAGAAGAGCUGGUCCAGUUGCAAGAGUAGAUCUGAUGUUUGAACAGAUUAAGGGAAAGCUUGCCGACCCUCCACAGUUCAUUCUAUGUGUCUUGCCAGAGAAGAAAAACUCUGAUCUUUAUGGGCCUUGGAAGAAGAAAACUCUGAGCGAUUUUGGGAUUGUAUCUCAAUGCAUUUCUCCCUCUAAGAUUAAUGACCAAUAUCUUACGAACGUUCUUCUUAAAAUCAAUUCCAAGCUGGGAGGGAUAAAUUCCUUGUUGGCAAUAGAGCAUUCCUCCCGCGUCCCCUUGAUAAAAGAUACUCCUACUUUGAUUCUGGGGAUGGAUGUCUCUCAUGGGUCUCCUGGUCAAUCUGAUAUCCCAUCGAUAGCUGCGGUUGUUGGUUCUCGAUGUUGGCCGCUUAUUUCAAGGUAUAGAGCAGCUGUAAGAACACAAUCACCCAAGGUUGAGAUGAUUGAUGCUUUAUACAAGCCAUCUCCCAAUGGGAAAGACGAUGACGGUAUUAUCAGGGAACUGCUUCUGGAUUUCUAUAGAACAAGCCAAGGCCGCAAACCAAAACAGAUUAUUGUGUUCAGGGAUGGAGUUAGUGAAUCACAAUUCAAUCAGGUUUUGAACAUUGAGCUAGAUCAAAUUAUAAAGGCCUACCAGCUUCUAGGUGAGGUUGAUGUUCCCAAGUUCACAGUAAUUGUGGCUCAAAAGAAUCAUCAUACGAAGCUGUUUUUGGCUAAUGGCCCUGAGAAUGUUCCUCCUGGUCAUCUUCUUUGUGAAACCUUUUCAUUUGUUCUACUUAUUGCUAACCAUGUUUAUUUACUCUUUAUCUCUUGCUGUGCUUGUGUGUCGCCAGGUACUGUUGUGGACACCAAGAUCGUGCAUCCUAGAAACUAUGAUUUUUAUAUGUGUGCUCAUGCGGGAAUGAUAGGGACUUCUAGGCCUGCACAUUAUCAUGUCUUGAUUGAUGAAAUUGGAUUUUCUGCUGAUGACCUUCAACAUCUUAUCCAUUCCUUGUCAUAUGUUUAUCAAAGGAGUACUACAGCGAUUUCAAUCGUUGCUCCAAUAUGUUACGCCCACCUUGCUGCAGCCCAAAUGGGGCAAUUUUUGAAGUUCGAAGAUUUCUCAGAAACCUCUUCAGGCCAGAGAAGCUUGACAUCAGCAGGGAGUGUCCCUAUCCCAGAGCUACCUAGGCUGCACAAGAAUGUCCAGAGUUCAAUGUUCUUCUGUUAAGUUGCUGUUGCUGCUGACAGUUCUUCACUACAACAGCAGCUUAACUUCACCAGCUUUUCUAAUAUCAGUACAUAUACCCCUGGGUAGUUAGCCAUACACAUUAUGUAGGUGAUCGCAAAGUAUUUAAGAUUAGAUGGAAAGAAAGUUCUUCGAUUGGAAGAGGGUAAAUAUCAAUAGGUGCACAGAUACAAAAAUGACAUCAUAGUUUUGAAUUUUUUGGGAUGAUCAAUUUGUUACAUUGUUAACAGUACUUGCCGAUUUGAUACCAGUGCUUCCCCACUAGUAGAAUUCGUGAUCCUAGUUUUCCCAUUAUGUUCCAAGCGUUGGCUGCUUGCAUU